AUGAGCCCCGCGGAGGUCCCCUCGAUAUCGAAUGUAAAACCGCAGUCGGCGGUAAUAAUGGAUGAGAACGCGAUUUGGAGGGCGAUCGCCGUCGGCGUCGCAAUUUUGUUCCUCGCCUGUUUGUACAUUUUUGUCCGUCACUGCGUCAGGUACUUUCAUGGCACAGUCCGGCCUCAAAUCGGGACUUUUUAACAAGUUUUCACGGAAGAGAUUUGAGGAAAAAAAUUGAAGUGAAUAUUCUAGAGGGUACAUUUUUUUCAUCUUAUAAAGGAAGGGUAAUGAAAGAGAUGUUAGAAAGAUGAGAAUAAAAAAAUAAAAGUUUAUUUUAGUUAAGCUAUCAUCGCUCAGAAAAAUCUGCAGAGAGCAGUUUCUUCCGACUUCGGUGAAGCUUUUUUUGGACUUUUUGUAAAUAAUGGCGCCCUCUAUAGAAAUACCUUUUAGAUGUUUUUUUUUUUCAAAACCUCCUAAUCGACUUCAAAAAAUUUUUUCUUUUGAAAAUUUUGAUGUUUUCCGUGCUUCUGAAUGACUAGAAUCACGAAUUCAAGCUUCAGCUAUGUUCUAAAAUGUGCAAGGGGCUCUGAGAAGGAUUUUAUGACCGCUACGAGUUGAAAAGCUCAAUUUUCAUUUCGAGCUUUUUUUUUUGAAUGGUAGAUGAUCACGAAAAACCAUUUUGUCUGAAUGGAGGUCGUCACUAAAAGUCGGAAAUGUCAUUUUCUCGCGAAAAAUUCAUUGGUUAAGAAAAUCAAUUUUUUAUGUCAUCUAAAAGCUAAACACAUUUGAAGAGGAUUUUUCCAAUUUUGAGCGGUCAUACAAUUUUUUACGAGCCAUCCUUUCUGAGUUCAAGCCAGGCCGUGUCCUUUUGAUUCUAAUUAUAGUCGAUGUGCCACGACUUGAAAUUUCAUGGAACGACACUCCGCUUGGCGGCCUUGUGGUCGUGAAAGCGCCUUGCCUUUGCGAAUUUCGGUCGCGCUUCCAUUUUUUCUUUCAUUUGGAAUUUUCACUAUUUUAAUCAUGUUUCAAUAGUUUUCUUCGUGCCAAACUCAUGAUUAUCAUUGCUAGUGGAUAGACUGUUUCAUUAGAAGCAAAUAAAGUUGACUACUUUUUCGAAUUUUUAAGCGAAAAAAAUGCGUUUAUAAUAUUGAUUUAAUGCCGUGAUCAAAGUAAUUUCACGAAAUGCGAAAUAGCCGUCAGAGAAAGAAUAAUAUAACUAAAUUUUUGGAGAGUCAGAGAUCAUUUUGCAUUUCGCGAAAUUACUUUUGAACACGGCAUCAACCUCCCUGACAUGCAACAUUCUUCCUUUUCACUUGUAAUAUUUCAAAUCAUGUAAAAAAAAUAUCCCGAUCAGAAAUAAAACACAAUGAAUGUUUGAACAUUGACGAAUUUUUACUUUAAAAAAAACAGAUACAUAAGUUUAAAGGAAAAAUCAUUAGUUUGUGGCCGAGGUUGGCAAAUUCGCACAAAGCGCUCUAACGCACAAAUCGAAACAGCGGAGUGUCGUUCUAGGAAGUUUCAACUUGUGGCACAUCGACUAUAUAUAUUUUUUUUUUCGGGAAAAGGACUGCUACGAAGAAGAAAAAAGCUUUGAAAAGUAAUUGAAUUUCCGAUAAAUAAAGGAAUGGUUCAGGACGCGCAGCGACUCGCGCCGCAUCCGCAAGUACGACAUAGUCUCGGCGAAAGACCUGCAAGGCCGGCCGGCUCUGAUGGAAGAUACCGACAGCGAGGACGACCUCUUCGGAAACACCGACCGGGUCAACCUCGUCAAGUCUUCUGGUUGA